UUCAUAAGUAUUGCUCAUGAAAAAGACGACGGCGUUUGCCACUCAUUCUUAAAUCUCACAUCUAUACGCUGUCUAGCUAACGUUUACGAGCUCUACUUGUGUGUUAGAAGUUCUGUUUCAGAGCUAGCUUAGCACUAGCCCUGCUGUUAGCCAGCUCCCUAUCUUUAAUGGAAAGCUGCACUGCUCCAUGAUUGUUUGUUCCAAAAGAAAUGCAGCUCUGUCAGGAGACAACGAGCAGCCUCACUUCGAGUAUGACAAUGACCAGAAUGAUCCUGAAGGAGGGAGCAAUGCUGAAAAGUCUGACGGAGCAAGCGAUGGAGAGGGAAAUGACAAAGAUGGUGAAGAAGGGAGUGAUUGGGAGGAGACAGAGGAUGAAGACGGAGAGGAGAAUGAGAGGAGAGAUGACAGCAAUGCCAAUACUGGGUGGGCUGAGGCCAUGGCAAAGAUCCUGGAGAAGAAAACCCCCGAGAGCAAAAGCAGCAUCCUGGUGAAGAACAGAGAGCUGGACAAGAUGAAGGAGAAAGAAAAACAGGAGCAGCUGGAGAGGAAGAAACAGGUUGACAAGAAGCGUGUGUGGGAGACGAUGUGCCGGGAAAAACCUGAUGUAGUGAAGGACCGUGAGACUGAAAGAGCUCUACAGAGAACUGCUACGAGAGGGGUGGUGCAGCUGUUCAAUGCUGUGAGGAAACACCAGAAAACAAUCGAUAACAGGGUGAAGGACGUUGGUGGCUCAGAGAGGAAGAAGGCCAAGCUUCUUUCAUCUGUCUCUAAAAAAGACUUCAUCAAUGUUCUAAGAAGCACAGAGGGAGGGAGCGGAGUCACUGGCAAGACUGAAAAAAUUCUGAGCCAACAGAGGAACUGGGGCCUUCAACAUCACGGGUCCACGUUCAGCCUGAGAUGGCUCCUGCUCCUGCUCCUGCUCCUCCUCUUGCUCCUGCUCCUGCUCCUGCUCCUGCUCCCUCGCCAACACCAUCCCUGCUGGAGAAGAAGUUGGAGGCUGAGAUGGAUGUCCUCAGGCAGCAUAAAAAAGUCCUUCCUCUACAGGGGGAGUAUUACAGACUAAAAAUUGAGCAUCUCAAA